AGUGCAGCAGGCGCGGGUGCAGUCGCGAGGUCGCUCUGCGCGCUUUUUCGCAGCUCAGCGAUCUCGCGUUGCGUGUUUUUCCCCCCCGUUCGGCACCGGAGGCAGACUGUUAUGUGACGUUUUUACGUGUCAAUCACGGACGCGUGCGUUUGCGAUUUACGCUAAAUGGCUAGCUCGCUGGGCACGGUCGACUGGGAAGAGGAGUGUCCCGCGAAUGCAGGACCGUUACUGCUUGUCAUCCUGGAUAACGACGUUAUCUCGUCGGCGCCGCUCGUGCCUCCGCACUUUGCGUUACUCGCGAUUCACUUGCGACGUUAGAAACCAUCUGAGGAAGCAGGCGAGGCAUCUGGAGAACGAGAUCGACGCGAAGCUGGUGGCGUUCAGCAAGCUCGGCAUCAACACAGGCGCGAGGCAUGUCAGCGCGGAGGAGGUCCCACUCCUGGACGAGGAGCAGGUGUUCGAGAACAUGGCGUCGGAGAUCGAGACGCUGCUCACCAAGUUGUUCUCCAUAAACGAGAGGAUGAGCGAGCUCCAGCCGAACGGCGCGGCUAUGCUGCACACGAUGCAGCGCCACAAGGAGAUACUGAAGGACUACAAGCUGGAGUUCAACAAGAUUAGGAAUAACUUCACGGCCAGGAAAGACCGCGAGGACCUUCUAGGCAGCGUCCGCAAGGAAAUAGACAACUACAAGAGUGCGAGCGGACUGAAUCGGCGCGAGAUGUACCUCAAGGAAAACCAACAUAUUCACAAUUCCGACCGAUUGAUCAACGAUCAAAUAAGUAUAGCGAUGGAGACGCGAGAUCACCUGAUGACUCAGAGACAGGCGUUCAAGCGUAUACGAACCCGAUUCAACGAUAUCUCCAAUCGCUUCCCGGCGGUGAACAGUCUGCUGCAGAGGAUAAAUCUGCGCAAGAGACGAGACUCCGUUAUACUCGGUCUCGUCAUCGGCGUCUGUACGUUUUUAAUGCUUCUGUACGCCUUUCAUUAGAGGGUACCGAGAUACUUCCAUCUCCAAGUAGCGAUCACUUCAUCGAUGAAUUUUUGCAAUACGUUUCACAGCAAAAGAUAUACAUACGUUUAAGAGGUAUUACGGAGAUCUAAUAAACACGUAGGGAAUUUAGCAUAAUAGGGUGUGCGAGGAUUGUAUUAUGUGAGUCGCGCGAAUGACCGGAGGCAAGCGUAUCUUUCGCUUCCAUUCGGAGUGCAUGAGAAGUUCGUCUGUAUAGUUUUUUUUUUAUACCGAAGAACAAGACGUGGCAAUAUACAAUGUAAGCGGAACUGUCGUCCACGUUCAACACGUUAACUUAAUAAAUGUUAAAGCAUAA